AUGUCCGGGAGCAGUAUCAACGCUUCAAGGAAAACCCUCCGCAGCAAAACUACGGUGGCUACGGCCAGCGCGGCGGCGGCGGCGGCGGCUACGACCGCUACGACCGCCACCAGUAUGGCGGCAACUACGGCGGUGGCGGUGGAUAUGGACACCACCAGCACCAAAACUCGCCUUCUGCCUCUGCUACCCCGACUGCGCAGGGAGCAUCCACGGCAUCAGGAGCAGGAAGCCCGACGGACUACAGCGCACAGUAUGCGCAAUACUACGGAUCCUCCGACCCUUACGCUGCGUACGGCGGCUAUCAAAACUACGUUGCCUACUACCAGUACUACCAACAGGCUGCUCAGCAACAACAGCAGCAGCAGCAGCAGCAACAGUCACAGAGCCCUGCUCCUCCUCCGCCUCCUCCUGCCAGCGAGGCGCCACCUCCCCCGCCCCCUGGCUCGGGUUCUCCCCCUCCUCCUCCGCCUGGUGGCAGUGGCUACAGCGCCGUUCCUCCGCCACCCGGGCUAUAGAGCUCUAAAACCUCGAUAG